CUCGAUCACUCCUUCGACGGUCCAGCCAAGCGAUCACCCCUGCCAACUGUGAGCGCACACGAUCCCGCUUGCCUGAUCCUUGAGACACAAACCAGAGGUUCCCGCAAGCUCCAUCGCCCGCCAUGGGCAAAAGCCAGAGCAAGCUCUCGCAGCAAGAGCUCAUCGACCUUCAAAAAGCCACACACUUUGAUAAGAAAGAGCUGCAGCAAUGGUAUAAGGGCUUCCUAAAAGACUGCCCCAGCGGCAUGCUCACCAAAUCCGAAUUCCAAAAAAUCUACAAACAAUUCUUCCCCUUCGGCGACCCGUCCUCCUUUGCCGACUACGUCUUCAAUGUCUUCGACGCCGACAAAUCCGGCAGCAUCGACUUCAAAGAAUUCAUCUGCGCGCUCUCCGUCACGAGCCGUGGGAAAAUGGAGGACAAACUCGACUGGGCUUUUCAGCUGUACGACAUCGACGGCGACGGCAAGAUCAGCUACGAGGAGAUGUUAUCCAUCGUCGAGGCGAUAUAUAAGAUGGUGGGGUCUAUGGUCAAGUUACCCGAGGACGAGGAUACGCCGGAGAAGAGGGUCAAGAAGAUUUUUGCGAUGAUGGAUAAGGAUGAGAAUGGUAGUUUGGAUAUGGCGGAGUUCAAGGAGGGAAGCAAGCGUGAUGAGACGAUUGUCUCUGCUCUUUCGCUUUACGAUGGGUUGGUAUAGGUUGAUUGUGGAUUGCUGCUUUGGAGCG